CAGUCAAAAGUAGCUUAAACGAUAUACACAAAAAAUCUAAGGAAGCAGUCUUCGCGGAGAUAUCAUUCGAAACUGUUGCCAUUGUCGACCCGUUUUUGAGCGAUUCUCACAAUCGUACUUGUACGUCAUAUUUUCAAAUUGUGAACUUAUAAUGUGAGUAAUUCUAUGUGCUGUGGUUCUUAUCAAUUUCCGUGUGAAUCAAUAUAUUAAUUUUAAUGCGAAAGUAAAGUGUGAAUAAUAUUGUUUUUAUAUAUGUGUACAUGAGUAAUAAAGGGAAAAAAUCAAAGAAUAAACCAAUAAAUCAAAGCAAGAAAAACAAAAAAACGACUUAAAUUUAUUACAAAAAACGUUCGAAGAGAAGUUACUUAUAAGUAAAAUUACAAAUUGAAAUAAUUUGGAGUUUAAGUAUUUAAGUGAAAUUGUGAAAAAUUCAAAUUCAUUGGAUGUUUACUUGAUAAAAUAAUGAUUAAAAGAUGGUCAUGAUGCAAUCACCAAACUCGGAUAAUCCCAAAUCUGUUAGUCCAUUGAAUUCAAAUUCGAAUUCACCAACUGACCAACAAACAAAGGCCAGUGCAAUCGAUAAGAAAUUGAUUAAAUUCGAGCCAAUUAUUUUGGAACGACCACAACCGACGAAAUUUGAUGGGAUUUUGUUGGGAAGUUUUUACAAUAAGGACGAUAUCGACAUGAAGAAUCGACCACUAACCUAUCCGAAGGACAUGUCUGAUAUCGACGCAAACACAAAGUUUUCUCUCGAAAGACUGAAGCAACUAAGCAACCGCAGUUUAUACAAUCGACAGAGUCCCUCCGAUGAUAGCAACCAAUCAACGAAGUACCCGAUCGGAGCCAAAUUAAAUGAUUCAUCACCGAAAGGUGAAUUCCAUUCGGACUAUGCUCAAAGUGAUACCAGCGAAGAAUUGGUAGUGGACGAAAGAACUGAUACGAUGCCGGCGCACGACACAACGACG